AUGGUCAAGACUUCCGUCCUCAACGAUGCGCUUAACGCCAUCAACAACGCCGAGAAGAGCGGUCGCCGUCAGGUCCUGAUCCGCCCUUCCUCCAAGGUCAUCAUCAAGUUCCUUUCCGUCAUGCAGAAGCACGGCUACAUUGGCGAGUUCGAGGAGGUUGACGACCACCGCUCCGGCAAGAUCGUCAUCCAGCUCAACGGCCGUCUGAACAAGUGCGGUGUCAUCAACCCCCGUUACCCCGUUCAGCUCCGUGACCUCGAGAAGUGGGCCACUCAGCUCCUCCCCUCCCGUCAGUUCGGUUACGUCGUCCUGACCACCUCCGCUGGUAUCAUGGACCACGAGGAGGCUCGCCGCAAGCACGUUGCCGGCAAGCUUCUCGGUUUCUUCUACUAAAAAGUUUACCCUGGAAGAUUUUUUUUUGAUGGCGAGGAUCUAGUUUGUGGUGCGAGGGAUGAACUCUCGUGGCUUGGCGGAGUUGGAUCGAUACCCGGCAGAGAUGUC